AUGUCAGUUCCCGCUGCCAUUCCCAUUCCCGCUCCCGCUCCCCAUGCUAUCGUCACAGCCGCUCCUCUAGCGCCGCUCGUCUCCGCCUCUCGUGAGAGGAGCGAGUUGCGCAGAUGCAGGCGCGACCCGCAGCCGGUAGUUUCCGCGCGCCUGCUCCCUUCCUCCGCCUCCGCUAGUCGCAUCGGCGGACGAUGCGUCUCCGCAGAAGGAGGCGGAGUGGAGAAUCGUAGAGGGCGGAAGUUGCGCGCAGUGCGGGGAAGGCACGGCAACUCAAGGGAAUCGGGGGACCGAGCGGAAGAGGAGGGGGUGCGGGGGGCGGAGGGUUCAUGGCGCGAUGGCGGCAGCUUAGAGGGGGAAGUGGAGGGGGAUUUGGACGAGGACUGGCCUGGGGAAGCGGAACGGGGCGCGCGGUUGGGGGGGCGGGCUGGGGGUGGCGGCGGGGGAAUGCGCGGGAAUGGGGUGGGGGAUGAAAGGGGGUCUGACGGUCCGGGACUGGGGGAAGCGCGAGGAGAGAAAGCGCGGAUUGCGGCGGAAACAGGCGGGGCUGCAGGUAUGGGGGAGGGAGAGGCAGAUGGCGAGGGGGGAAUGGAAGAUGAGGGGGAGGGGGAGGAAGAUGGGGAGGAAGAAGGGGAGGAGGGUUGGGAUGUUGAGGAGGAUUUAGAGGAGGACGAGGAGGGGGAAGGCAGCGAGAGCAGGUGGAGAGUUGGGGGAGGGAAAGGGCGGGUGAGAGCAGGGGGGGCACGCAUGGCACCUAGCGUGGCACGAGGGAGAGGGGGCAAGGGCGCGGGCGCAGGGGGAGCAGCAGGCGGGGUAAGCGCCAUUGGCGGCCUGCCCUUAGGCCCUGGCGCUGUGGGUGGUGGUAGUGGCGCUGCCAGCAUCAACACUGCUCCCAGUGCGAGCAGCAGCAGCACCCCCAUGCCUGCCCCCACCCCCAUGCCUGCCAACAUCCCCACGCCCUACCCCAGCAGCGGCGGUGGCGGCGCCCCCACUGGCGCGUGGCGGCUGCGCCUGGCGGCCCUGUCCGCGCUCUCCGCGCUGAGAGCCGCCCAGCAGCGCGACGAACAGCUCAUGGCGCUGGCGGCAGGGGGGGAGACGCAGGGCGAGGGGGCAAGAGGGGAGGGGGCGGAGGGCGAGGGGGCAAAGAGGGAGGGGGUGGAGGGCGGGAGGGCGGAAGGGGAGGAGAAGGGGCGGGCGUGGGCAGGGAGGGCGGACGGGGCAAACGAGGGGGCCCGGGACGAGGGGGAGGGAGUGACGGGUGAGGCGGAGGAGGAAAAGGCAGCAGGUGCGCAGGCAGGGCAGGGUGUGCAAGGUGGGCAGGGCGGGCUGGGAGCGGGCAUGUUGGAGGCACUCAAGGCCGCUGCUGCCGCUGAUGCUGAGGGCCAGGCGAGGGGCAGAAACCUAACCCCUAAACCACCCCCAGCAUCAUCACCAGCACCAUCAGCAUCGGCGUCAUCCCCAUCAGCAUCAGCAUCCCCAGGGGGCGUGUCGAUCUACGUGAACUGCUCAUCAGUGGGGCUGCAGCGAGUGGCAGUGGUGGAGGAGGGGCGCCUGGUGGAACUCAUCGUCGCCUCUACCCCGCCCCCCUCCCUCCCCCACCCGCCACUGCCCUUCCGCUCCUCCCCUCGCAGCCCCAUCCACCCCACCACCACCGCCACUGCUGCUGCUGCUCCAUCUGCUCCUCUCACCCCACUCACCGCACCCAGCCCAACCACAUUCCCACCCACAGCAGCAUCAGCAGCAGGCAGCAGCGUGUUUCCCACACCUCCCUUGGCCUCUCCUCCCCUUCCCCCUGCCCCAUGGGGCGUGCGCGUGGGCGACGUGUACCUGGGGGUGAUCCGCUCGCUGCAUCCGGGCAUGAAGGCCGCGUUUGUCGACAUCGGGGGCGCCGCGCCCUCGCUGCUCAACCUGGCCCACAACGACCGCCCCCUCACCUUCCCGCCCACUGGGGGUGAUUCUGCCCUGGCGCAUGCAUGGGGUGCCACGGCUGUGUCUGGUGGGCUUGCUGCUGCCGGGGCUGGCAUGGUGGUGGGCCGGGAGGAGACAGGAGGUGGGGCAGGUGCCGUGGACGGUAGUGCCGGCGUGUGGGUGGGCGUGGGGGUCGAGCACGGGGGGUUGAUUCAGGGAUGGGACGCGAGAGGCAGGGAGGACAGGGGUGCAGUGGUGGUGGCAGGUAUGCAAGGGGAUGAAGAGGAUGGGGAUGAUGAUGAUGAUGAUGAUGCUUUUGAGGAAGAGGAAGAAGAAGAGGAGGAAGAGGACGACGAGGAAGGAGAGGAAGGAGAGGAAGACGAUGAGGGUCACGAAGAGGACCUGGAUGAGUGGCAUGAGGAUGACAUGGUGGAGGAGGGAGAAGAGGAGGAGGAGGAGGAGGAGGAGGAGGAGGAGGAGGAGGAGGAGGAGGAGGAGGAGGAGGAGGAGGAGGAGGAGGAGGAGGAGGAGGAGGAGGAGGAGGAGGAGGAGGAGGAGGAGGAGGAGGAGGAGGAGGAGGAGGAGGAAGAAGAAGAAGAAGAAGAAGAAGAAGAAGAAGAAGAAGAAGAAGAAGAAGAAGAAGAAGAAGAAGGGGAGGAGGAGGAGGUGGAAGGGGAGGAAGAAGAGGGGGAGUGGGUAGACGUGGAGGGUGAGUUCGAGACUGACCUCGAGGACGACAGCAGCAGUGAUGCCAGGCAUGCUGCUGCUUCUCCCUUGCCUGCUGCUGCUGAUCCGGAUGUUGAUGCUGAUGGCGAUGCCAUGUCGCGGCAAUUGAAAGGAACAGAAGGGAGUGAGGAUGAGAGAGAGGCGUGGGAGCGUGUGGAAGGUGAUGCUGAGGAGUUGAGUGAGGAGGAGGAGGAAGAGGAAGGAGGAGGGUGGGAGGAGGGGGAAGAGGAGGAAUGGGAGAUGGAGGGGGAAGAAGCGAGGGCAGAUGGGAGGCGGCGGAGGAAGAAGGCUGUGAGGAGGCGAGGCAUGGGCGCUGGUGAUGAUUGGGCGGAGGAGGAGGAAGAAGAAGAGGAGGAGGAUGAGGAAGAGGAGGAGGAGGAGGAUGAGGAGGAGGAGGAAGCAGAGGAGGAAGAAGAGGAGAGCAGUGGGGAGGCAGAGAAGAAGCAUGGGGGGGAACAGAAGCCCGAGGAGGAGAAGGAAGAAACAGCAGUAGAGGUGCUUGAUGCUCUCAACGCGUUCCCCACCGAACCCGCCUCUUUCCACCCUUCUGCCCCUCCCCACCCGGCCGCCAACCCUGUCCCGCUGUACCCCAAACCCUCCCUCCCAUCGCCACCCCCCUCCCCUCGUGCCCGUUCUGCUUCUGCCCCGCGUCUUCCCGUUCCAACCUCCACCACCACCCCCACCACCACCACCACCGGCAGCAGCAGCAGCGGCGGCAGUGAAAGCAGAGACGAGAACGGGGCGGAUGCUGCUGCCAAUACAAGUGAGUCCACCUGGGGGGUUGAGCCACUGCCAGGGGUGCGCCGCCCGAGGGUCAGUGCGCCGCCCUAUGCGGCGGGCGGCAGGCUGGGCGGCGGGCGGCUGACAGUCAUCCCGGGGUCCCGAGGCCAGCCGAGGAGCCGCCGCUCGGCAGCGUGGUCGCUGACGUGGCGCCAGCUCAUGGAAUCGCGGCGGGCGGCGAGAGAGCGAGCGAGACGCGCGGGGGCCAUUGAGGGAGGGAAUGGCGAGGGGACGAGGGGGAGCGAGGAGGCGAGGGAGGGGGGAGCAGAGGGCGAGGACGAGCGGGAGGAGGAGGAGGAGGAGCAGUAUGAGGAGUGGGGGGAGGUGCGGGCGGGCAUGCUGAUUCUGGUGCAGGUGGUGCGCGGGCCCAUUGGCGCCAAGGACUCCGUGCUGCGCGCCUUCCCCGUGCUCGCAGGCCGCUGCUUUGUGAGUGCUCUUUGCACUCUGCCCUAUCUUUUCCGCUCCCUUCAAUCCUUUCCACCCCCUUUCUCUCUUCCCUCCCCGAAUUCUCUCCUCCCCGGCCCUCUAUCUCUAUCUUCUCAUCUUCCUCUGUCCCUCGCCCCACCCUGCGCCCAUCAGCGGCUGGUGCUGAGGGGAACAGGGCUGGUGAUGCCAAGGGGAGUGGCAGCAGAGGAGGCAGCGCGCAUACAGGCCAUUGUUGCUCGCCUCGCACCCACCCGCUCCUUCUCCAUCCAGGUGCGGCAGGCAGCGGUGGGGAAGGGGGAGGGCGAGCUGGGGGAGGAUCUAGCAGAGCUGGUGGCGCGGUGGAGAGCGGUGCUGGCGCGUGCGAAUGCGGUGGCGGGGCAUGUGAGGAGCGUGGCGGACGUGCCGGCUGUGGGCCCCACGCUGCUGCUGCAGGGCACACCCAUGGCUCUUGAUGUCAUCCACUCGCUGCUCGUGCAGCACCACCAGGUGUCGCGCCUUGUGGUUGACUCGCCUGCCUUCCUGCAAGAGCUGGAGGCGUAUCUACAGCGCAUGCAGCCGGCGCUGUGUGGGCGGGUGCAGCUGCAUGCGGGCCCAGCGCCCAUCUUUGACACCGCCCACAUCGAGCCCGCCCUGCUCUCCGCGCUGCACCGCUGUGUCCCCCUGGCAGGCGGCGGGUCCCUGGUGAUAGAGGAGACGGAGGCGCUGGUGGCGAUAGACGUGAACAGCGGGUGGAGUGUGCUGCAGCCCACGGCACGGCAGGAGGACACCUUCCUUGCUGUCAACCUCGCUGCUGCCAGACAGAUUGCGGUGGAGCUGCGGCUGAGGGACCUGGGAGGGCUCGUGGUCAUAGACUUCAUUGACAUGCAUAAAGCGGAGCACCGGAGGGCGGUGGAGGAGGAGGUGAGGAGGGCGAUGGGGGGGGACCGGCGCAAAGUGCGAGUGGGGGAGAUCUCGCAGUUCGGCCUGCUUGAGCUCACCCGCCAGCGCAUGCGUCCAAGCCUUGCCGCCUCGUUGACGGCGCCGUGCAGGUGCUGCUGGGCGGCAGGGCGGGUGGAGUCACGCCUGGCCAUGCUGGCCCGCCUCGAGCGCGCCCUGCAGCGCUGCCUGGUGCGCUCACCUGCUGCUGAUUCUGGGGGGACUUUGGCCCGGGCGGGUGCGGGGGGCAAGUUGGGGGGUGCAGGUCUGGGGGAGGCGCUUGUGUGGGGGACACAUUGGGGGGUGCAGCGAUGGCAGGGGGUUGAGUGGGUGGAUGCAGCGCUGCCGUACGGCUACUUUCUGCUCUCCCACAAUGGCCGUUCCACCGUCGACCCGCCGCUCACCCCCCACGACCCUCCCGCCCACGUCGCGCCUGCCUUCAACAUCCCCGCGGGGAGCGAAGGCACCCCAGAGCUGCCUGCCUCCAGUGCACCUGCACUGCCCAGCUCUGAUGCUGCCGCUGCUGGUGUGAGAACAGGCUCAGCAGAAGCAGUGCAGCGUGGGAGUGAGCUGGCAGGGGGCAGCGGAAUGGUGAUGCGGAGGAAGGCGGUGGGGGAGGCAGGGCCGGCAAGGAGUGCGAGGAAGAGUUCCAGGAGUAAGGCGAGUGGUGGUGUUUCUGGUAGUAAGGCUAGCAGCAGCAGCAGCAACAGCAGCAGCAGCAGCGACGGCAAGAGUAGUGGUGGUGGCAGUGGUGGAAGCAGCAGCAAGGGUGGCCAAAGUGGGGGUGCUUCAAAGGUGGAAAAGGUGAAAAAGGCUGUGAAGAAAAAAAAGGAGGAUGGGGGAGUCGUUCUGGCCACUGGCAAAGCAAGGGGACCGUGGUUUCCUGAAAUCAAGGAGCGGCUGAAGCUUGAAACUCCUGGAGUCUUUUUACAGGGUUUGAUGGUUUACAGUGCGGACGGAACUUUGUUGUACGAGCGAGCCAUGGCGGAGGAUGUGGCUCGGCAGGUUAUUCGGUUCGGAAAGUCCGAAGGCGUCACGCUCACGGCCUACUGUGGCGAGAGAAUAUUGUGUGAAGAAAGGGACGAGCACACUGACCGUCUGAUUCCCUAUGGCGAGCCAAUCCCAGAAGCCGUUGGGCCCCUUGGGGACCUCAUUGGCAUCACAUCCAUUCACAAGCUCAUUCUCAUGGCUGACGACGAUACCUUGGCAGCACUGAGGCCUCGUUUGGACGCGGAGCUGGGUGGCAGAGGGUCGCUCAUCACAUCAGUGCCUGGCAUGCUAGAAGUGCUUCCAGUUGGUGCUUCCAAGGCCACGGGCCUUGCCACUGUGCUCGACACUAUGGGUCUGCACCCGCAGCAGGUCAUGGCGGCAGGAGAUGGAUUCUAA